AUGGAGCAUGCACAUAUAACAGAAAUCAAGGAUCCUGCUGGCUCAAGCAAUGACAAUAACUAUGACCCCCAGAUAUGUUGCCAUCUUGACCGUGCUGAUAAAUGCCGCUGCUUUGACCUCGCUAUGAGUCUGCUCAACAAUAUGCCAGACUCAAAGUGGCAGGGUUCAGAUGAUGAUGGUGAUGUUGAUGACUACAUUGAUUUUGAUUUUGAUGACAAUCAUGAUAUCCCAGCAGACCUUCUGGCAACAAUCAAAUACCCUGGACAUUCACAUCCAAUCACCAAUUACUUUGAAAUUGUCAAGAUCCUCCAGAACAGGGAAAUGGGAAUGGUCCCUGUGCCAUUGCACUCGUUCAUUAUCAAAUGCACAGCAUUUCACCUUGCCUAUGACCCUUCCAUCAGAAAUAUAUCUGUUGAUGAUGCUGCCAUUAAGUUUGGCCUUCCUGACUUAUGA